UGUCAUUCUGUUUAAUCAUUAGCCUCUUUGCACCUAAAAUUACACAAACCAGUAGCAUAGAAUUUCCACUUCCAUUCCUACUUAUCUCUUCUUUAACUUCCCGCCAUUUAUGAUGGACGACGAAGGGUGGGAUAUAGUGCAGCGAUACUCACCGAAAACCAUGAGGGUACCAACCUGGACCCACUCUACCGUUUCUAAGCCGUUGAAGGUCACUUUUGAUGGGCCUGCCAAGUUCUGGACGGACGCAAUUCCGCUUGGAAAUGGCCGGCUCGGUGCCAUGGUCUGGGGCGGCGUCUCCUCUGAUACUAUCCAGCUUAACGAGGAUACACUGUGGACAGGAACGCCAAGUGACUUUACUGAUCCGGAUGCUCCCAAGGCAUUAUCAGAGGUCAGAAAGCUUGUUGAUGCUGGUAAAUUUGCAGAAGCUUCAGCUGCAGCUGUCAAGUUGUUUGGUAAACCUGCAAAUGUUUAUCAAUUGCUUGGGGAUAUCAAACUAGAAUUUGAUGACUCUCAUCAUACAUAUGCUGAAAAAACAUACUAUAGAGAGCUAGACUUGGAUACUGCAACAGCAAGAGUGAAGUAUUCUGUGGGUGAUGUAGAGUUUACUAGGGAACAUUUUGCUUCUAAUCCUGAUCAAGUGAUCGUGGUCAAGAUAUCUGGAAGCAAAUCGGGAUCUUUAUCCUUUGGUUUGUUAUUAGAUAGCAAGUUACAUCACAAGUGUUACAUAAAUGGUCAUCAGAUUAUAAUGGAAGGAAGUUGCCCUGGAAAAAGGAUACGACCAAAAGCAAAUGCGAGUAACAAUCCAAAAGGAAUUCACUUUGCUGCUGUUCUUGAUUUACAGAUUAGUGAUAGAGGUGUGAUACAUGUUUUGGACAAUGAGAAGCUGAAGGUAGAAGGUUCAGAUUGGGCUUUGUUGCGUUUAGCUGCUUCAUCUUCAUUUGUAAAUCCAUUUACUAAUCCUUCAGAUUCAAAGAAGGAUCCUACUUUUGAGUCUCUCCGUGUUUUAAAAUCGAUAACAAAUCUGUCAUAUUCUGAUCUAUAUGUACGUCAUUUAGAUGACUAUCAGAAUCUCUUUCACCGUGUCUCUUUUCAGCUCUGGAAUAGCUCUAAUAGAAUUAUAAAAGAUGGGUCUGUAUUUGUCAAUGCUUCUGCAAAUUCCUCGUAUGUCAAAGUGAAUAAAGAUGAUGUGGUUCCAACUGUUGAAAGGAUAAAAUCCUUUCAAUAUGAUGAAGAUCCAUCCUUAGUUGAGCUUCUAUUCCAGUUUGGCCGAUAUCUGCUUAUUUCUUGCUCACGCCCUGGAACUCAAGUGGCAAAUCUGCAGGGACUGUGGAACGCAGAUCUUGAGCCAGCAUGGGAUUCCACUCCACACUUGAACAUCAAUCUUGAAAUGAACUAUUGGCAAUCCUUGCCAUGCAACCUUAGUGAAUGCCAGGAGCCUUUAUUCGAUUUUAUUAAGUCCCUGUCAGUAAAUGGAAGGAAAACUGCACAGAGGAAGAAUAGGAGAAACAACAAGGUGAACUAUGAAGUGAAUGGAUGGGUUGCACAUCAUAAAACUGACAUAUGGGCAAAAACAUCUGCUGAUAUAAUAGAUCCUGUAUGGGCAAUGUGGACAAUGGGUGGGGCAUGGCUUUGUACCCAUUUAUGGGAGCACUACAAUUACACAAUGGACAAGGAUUUUCUCAAAAUUAAGGCAUACCCUCUUUUAGAAGGAUGUGCGACAUUUUUGUUGGACUGGUUGGUUGAGGGGCAUGAAGGAUAUUUGGAAACCAAUCCAUCAACUUCUCCAGAACAUAUGUUUAUUGCUCCAGAUGGUAAGCCUGCUUGUGUCAGCUAUUCAUCAACCAUGGACAUCGCAAUCAUAAAGGAAAUUUUCUCAUCAAUUGUCUCAGCUUCUGAGAUUUUGGGAAGAAACAAUGAUGUUCUUGUUCAAAAAGUUCGCAUGGCUCAAUCAAAGCUUCGUCCGACAAAAAUUGCUGAAGAUGGUUGUAUAAUGGAAUGGGCACAGGAUUUUAAGGACCCUGAUGUGCAUCAUCGGCACGUUUCACAUUUAUUUGGCCUAUUUCCAGGCCAUACAAUAACUGUCGAGAGAAAUCCCGACCUUUGUAAAGCUGCAGAGUAUACCCUCCUUAAACGAGGAGAGAAUGGUCCAGGAUGGUCAACUGCCUGGAAAAUUGCUUUAUGGGCGCAUCUAUACAACAGUGAACAUGCAUAUAGGAUGGUUAAGCACAUUUUCAAGUUGGUAGAUCCAGAUCCGGAUCACAAGAUAAGUUUUGAAGGUGGACUAUACAGCAACUUAUUCGGAGCACACCCUCCUUUUCAGAUUGAUGGUAACCUUGGUUUUACAGCAGCAGUUGCAGAAAUGCUCGUACAGAGUACCUCAAAGGAUUUGUACUUGCUUCCUGCUCUUCCGUGCAAUAAAUGGGCAAAUGGAUGUGUAGAAGGAUUAAAGGCGCGAGGGGGAUUAACCGUCAGCAUAUGCUGGAGAGAAGGAGAUCUCCAUGAAGUUGGUCUUUGGGCCAAGGAUGAAAAUUCUGUCAAACAAUUGCAUUAUAGAGGAACUACAAUAACAACUACCAUAUCACCUGGAAUCAUUUAUAUAUUUAAUGCACAGUUAAAAUGUGUAAAGACUUGCUCUUUUUCAUAAGUGGCCACUUUGUAUAUAUAUCUACCAUCUUAUGAGUUCUCUUGAACAAAAAAUGUUUGUAUGUUAUAUAAAUAUAUCUUAUGAUUCAAACUUUAUAACCAUGAAUAGAGAAAUAAAAUUAUCGAGUGGAAUUAGAAAUGGAA